AUGCACCUGCCGCGCUCCUCAUCGGGCGAGUCCACGCGCCGGCGCUGCCUGGGCGGCGAGUCGGGGCUCCCGGAUCCUCUGGGCCUGCAAGGCCUGCCGGGCAGCACGGGCGCCGUUGAGGCGGCAGGCGCACCCUCACAGCAGUCCGGCCAGUCCGGCCAGGAGCGCGCCGGCGGGGCCCCUGGGGCUGUCAACGGCGACGGCGCCCCUAACGCGUCCGACACGGCCGCUGCCGCGGCCGCCUGCAGCAGCGAGUCGCCGGAUCGGGGCGGCGCGCGCAUCGACGACCUGCCCCUGUGGCGCGUCGAGUACGCCGUCUUCCCUUUCAGCCAGAGCAUCCUUCACGUGCACAAGCCCCACUACGUCCACAUGUUUGACCGCCUCUUCUCGUCCCCACAGCCCUGGGUGUUUGGCCACCUGUACCUGCCCGGCGGCAGCUCAAACCUGGGGGCCGAGGAGUACCGGCUGGAGAGCGGCAGCCAGGCGCCGCUGGUGGGCGUGCUCAUGGAGGUCACGCGCGCGGCGCGGCUGAUGGACGGGAAGCUGCUCAUCCUGGCCACAGCGACGGCGCGCUUCAAGGUGGUUGAGCCGCUGUGUGAGCUGCCCUACAGCCGCGCCGCGGUGGAGCUGCUGCACGAUGCUGAGGAGCUGGAGGCGGCCAACCAAACGGCCCUGGACGCCGCAGUCCUGUAG